CUCUGUUACAUAUACAAAAUAAAAGAUCAGAUUAGAUGCCACUUUUUUGUCAUUGCACAUGCAGUUUGAUAAAGUGUUUGAGGUUCCAGUAGUUUCACAUAUUGAUAACAGUAUCACGAGUUGUUGGCAAGGUACAGAAAGUUUUGUAUGAAUAUGAAAUUCAUAUUAACAAAUAAGGUUGUUUUCUCCAUGUAAAUAUCCGUAUAGGUCCCUGACCCCCGGUUUCCCUUCCUGGGAGUCCACUUCACUCCGAGGAUGGACGGGAGUGUUUGGCUCGGUCCGAAUGCCGUGCUGGCCUUCAAGAGGGAGGGCUACAAAAUUUACGACUUCAACGUCCGGGACUUUGCAGACGCUCUUUCGUUCAGGGGUCUUCAGAGGCUGGUGAUGAAGAACAUGGUGUACGGGAUGGGGGAAAUGUAUCGAGGGAUUUUCAUUGGUGCACAGGUCAAAAUCCUGCAGAAGUACAUCCCCGAACUCUCGCGGAGUGACGUGCUCAGGGGUCCUGCAGGGGUCCGGGCUCAGGCUCUUGACCGAGACGGGAACCUGGUGGACGACUUUGUGUUUGACGGCGGCGUCGGGGAGGUGGGCAGCCGUGUUCUCCACGUGAGAAACGCUCCGUCACCCGCCGCCACCUCGUCACUCGCCAUCGCUGAGAUGGUGGCCGACGAGGUGGAGAAACGCUUCGAUCUGUAGAGCAAGAUCACAGAAUGAAGAAGAGAGAAAACCAAAAAUCCUCCUUAUCUUGAAAGAGUGAAAAUAUUUGUUAUCCAACUGUCCCUACCUCAACAUCACUGCCAUCCUGGAGCCUUUUUUCUCAUCACAAGCCUUAAUGUGGAGGAGACAUUUACAUAUUUCACAUUUUUAAAACAGUUUUUACUUAAGUGUUGUUUUAAGUUGCUUCACAUGUUAACUUUACCACUUUUCAAUACAAGUGCAGCCUUUAGAACUUGUUAGCCUGCUAACGCUAGCCUGCUAACGCUAGCCUGCCAACACUAACUUGCUAACGCAACAGGUGUUCAGGCAGAAAAUAACCAACAGCUUGUAGCUGUUAGUAAGCUGACAACGAGCUGAGCUCCCAUGACUCAACACUGUACUUAAUUAGCUAUUAUUCUCUCUUUUUGUUAAGCCAAUUACAAUUAGCUUUAGCAACAUUGUUAUUAGCCAUUAGCUCUUUUUAGUUAGCCGCUGUUUUACAGUAGCAACGGGCUAGCCUCACGAGCAUCCAAGCUAGUGAAAUUUGGAUAAGAACAAUCUUAUCAGUUUAAUGUUUUAAACAUACUUUUUUAAGGAGAUUGAGCAUUUUAAAUGAGGGUUUUUAAAACUAUAAA